AUGGCGUCGUCAAUGCACCUCUCAAAGCUCCGAAAUUGGUUCCUUGCAUCACCCCCCAUCGAGUUUGCGGUCUCCAAACUCCGAGACCUGCUGGUUGGAGCAAUCAGGCAAGGGCCAGUUCCACAACAUAUCGCUUUUAUAAUGGAUGGGAAUCGGAGGUUUGCCCGAACACACGGGAUCGAAACAGUCGAGGGGCAUAAUCUGGGGUUUGAGGCGCUGGCACGGAUCCUUGAGGUAUGCUACCGGAGCGGAGUAAAGGUCGUAACCAUCUACGCCUUCAGCAUCGAAAACUUUAAGCGGUCAAAAUUUGAGGUGGAUGCUCUGAUGGAAAUGGCCAGAGUCAAACUAGCGCAGAUGGCCCAACACGGUGAAAUUCUGGAUCGGUAUGGUGCGAAAGUCCGGAUACUAGGUCGAUUGGACUUGCUUCGCCCCGACGUGCUUGCGGCGGUCGAUCGUGCAGUUGAUAUGACAAAGGACAACGGGGACCGCGUUCUUAACAUUUGCUUUCCCUACACAUCGCGUGACGAGAUCACCAGCGCCAUUCGGGAUACGGUAGCAGAGUACAGCCAGCCACUAAGGUCCGCUCGCUCGUCGUCUUCUCUUCCGCGGACCCCAUUUUCUGAAGAUCACAUCGCACAAAAUAUUCGAUCUCGAACAGUAAACGGAAAACUGGAUGACUCCAGCACAGAGGGUGAUACAGUGUCAGAAUCAUCCACACUCGGGGAGAAUGAUGCUCAAAAGUCAGACCAACAGAACAAAAUCUACCAGUCCGAAUCUGCUCUUUCAUCCGCUGCCACUCUCCACUUUCCUGACCAACCCACAAAAGGCCGGACGACAGCGCCCACUGAGUCUGAACCCCCGGUGUAUAAAUCACCGGAAACCAUCACACGCCAAACCCUGGCCGAACACCUACUUACCCACGACAACCCUCCACUUGACCUGCUAGUUCGCACAUCCGGGGUGGAGCGCCUCAGUGAUUUCAUGCUAUGGCAAUGUCAUGAGAACACAGAAAUCGCUUUCCUAGACAUCCUGUGGCCCGAGUUUGACCUAUGGCAGUUCCUACCCGUUUUAUUAAGGUGGCAGCGGAGAGUCUCCAAGGCGAGGAAAAACCCAGAUGCUGAGGGUAAUUAUGACGGUGAGCCCCAGGAAUCUUCAGACGACACCAGAGAAGAGCUCGUGGUCAGUUCGAGUGCGAAAGCGAAGAGUUUAUAG